AUGAAAGUUUCCUUCUUCGAUGAUGAGCAGUCUAUGGAGUCCAAGAGGGACAGAGACAAGGAGGAAGGCCCACGAGACACAAGGAAUGAAGGAAUGAGAAGCCAAAGCAAAGCACACGACGUAAUUAUUAAGAAUGAGGACGAACCAAUGAUGCUCGUAGACCUGAAAAGGAAAAGAAGGAUGAAUCCAGACGAUGAAUACUACUCUGUUAAGCUACCCAAGUUUAUAGGCGUGUGUCCCGAUAUAGGAAAGGUCGAUGGGAGAGGACACGAUGGAGGGAUAGACUCUAACAGAAGAAAAGGAGCUGAACGCAUAGAAGACGCAACUCCCAUAGUGGAUGCACGCAACGUAAUUGAUCUCGAAGGGGAAGGUCGCCAUGCCCACAUGGCAAAAAACCAGAAAGCCAUCAUCUCGUGGAAUUUUGAUGUAGACGCAUAUAACCGGGAAAAAGGUAAAAAGGAUUCACAUGCGAUGAAGGAAGAAGAGAAAAAACCAUGUGCUGAGAAGGAGGAUUCACACAAACGUGAUGAAGCGCUAGAAGUUCACUCAGACCUAAACGAUUUGCCUCAUUUAACAGAUGACGACUUGUCCGAGUUUUCCACUGUUGAUGAGCUUUACAAAAACUACCAGGUGACUCACAACUGCGAUGAUCUGAUGAGCUUUCCAUCUGAUGAUGCAAACGACAAGACAACUAUUUUGUGUCGCAACAUGGAGUUCCUGGAAACGAAUUCAUUCAUUGUUGAGUAUGAGGAUGGCAAACUAAUUUUUUUUAUUAAUGAAAAGCCAUACCUUUUGGAGUCUGACAAGGAGACCAAUUAUCUAAUAGAACUAUCCGACAUGAAUAUCAUGCCUAUCCAUUGCAUUCUGGAAAAAAAACUUUUUUUCAAGUCCAUCACUCGGGAGGAACAGGGUGCCACUCAGGGGAAUACAUCACCUGAGAUGGUUGAUAUAUAUUACUCGCUGCACGGGUGA